UGGGCCUUUAUUUGCACCAUUUCACACCAGGAUUGUGAAAAUCCUGAUCGAGAUGAUGAAGGUUGAAGAAGGUGAUCCUGGAGGCUCAGUGUCCAACAUCCCUGCAGAUCAUCUCAGCUCAUCAGAGGAGCAGAAGGAAGACAGCAAAGAGCUCAUUCAUGAGAUGUUGGUGAUUAAAGUGGUCCCUGAUGACUGGAGCCCCAGUUUGGACCAGCAGGACCCAGAACUUCCCCACAUAAAGGAGGAAAAGGAGGAAAUGUGCAUUAGUCAGUUGGGAGAGCAGCUUCCUGUGAAGAGUGAAAAUGAAGAAAUACUUCAGGUAUUGAAGGCACAGGAAAUCAAAACUGAAGACAACAAAAAGACUGAGGCUCCAAUCAGCAGCUUGGCUAAAUAUAUAAUAACACAACAUGAUGGAGGGACCCGUGGAGUACCAGAACCAGACAAAAACUCUGAUCCAGUGUUUUCUUCUCAACUUGAUAAAAUAAAAGCUCAAAAAAAUGGAAAACCAUCCAAGCUGUGUUCCACUGGUUCAGCUCAUAGUGGAGUCAGUGCAGGAGAGAGACCUUUUGAUUGCAAUGUCUGCGGCAAAAGAUUCAAACGCAAGUCCCACGUCAAGCUACACCUGCUGACACACACUGCGAAUAGAGAACAUACCUGCGAUGUUUGUGGAAAAGGAUUCAGAGAAAAGAGUUCUCUGCAGACGCACAUGAGACGACACACCGGAGAGAAACCAUUUGCCUGUGACAGUUGUGGCAAAAGGUUUCAUGCUAAGAAGUUUCUCAGUACUCAUAUGAAGGUCCAUUCAGAAGAGAAACCUUUCUCCUGUGAAGUCUGUGGCACAAAAUUUAGAGUAAAAGAGAGUCUUAAAAAUCACAUGUGGAUUCACACCACAGAGAAACCGUUUGUUUGUAGUUUUUGCAGUAAAGGGUUUUCACAAAAAGAGAGUUUAAAAAGUCAUUUGCGUGUUCACACAGGAGAAAAACCUUUCAUUUGUUCUCUUUGUAAUAAGGGAUUUUCACGACAACAAAGUCUAAAGAGUCACAUGAAUGUUCAUACAAGAGAGAAACCUUUUAUAUGCAGCGUUUGUGGUAAAGGAUUUUCACAAAAAGAGAGCCUGAAAACUCACAUGCGUGUUCACACGGGAGAGAAACCGUUUAUUUGUAGCGUUUGCAGCCAAGCAUUUUCACUGAAAGACAGUCUGAAGACUCAUAUGCGUGUUCACACAGGCGAGAAACCGUUCGUUUGUGACGUCUGCAGUAAAAGGUUUUCACAGAAAGAGAGUCUAAAAAGUCACAUCCGGGUUCACACAGGGGAAAAGCCGUUUACCUGUGCUAUUUGUAGUAAAUGUUUUUCCCACUCUGGAGGCCUGAAAACACACAUGGCCGUCCACAGCGCACAGUUUAGCUGUAGAGAAUGUGGCAAAUGUUUCGUAAAGGAAAUCCAGUUGGAGCGACACCUCAGGCUCCACUCAGAGGAGAGACCGUUUGGUUGUGACGUCUGUAAGAACAGGUUUAAACACAGGUGUCACCUUGAAAGUCACAUGAAACUCCAUUUAGGAGAGAAACCUUCUAGUGUUUCCCGGUGAAGCAUUUUUCCUAGAAGAAAUUCUGCAGAAACAGAAAAAUGCUCAUCAGGGAACCAGCUAAUGAUUAUAACAGAAAGAGCACAUCCUCUCACCAAUGGGCUGAUAAUGUCUUCACUUCAUAAAUGACAGUAAGCAGGCGAGUUCACCAAUGUGAUUAAGGCGUUCAUGAUCGUUCCAUCCUUUUAUUGUAACGCUGCACACAAAGUUCUUCUUAAUACCUUCUGCCUUCCUUUGCUUUUGUCUGGUUGAGAUAGUGACACUCAACAGAUGUUGGACUUUUAAAGGAAAAGUCGCUCAUAUUCAGAAUUCAAACUUCAAAAAGUAAUUUAAAUCUGAAAUGAUUCCAUCCUGUUCAA